AGCUGGUUCUAACGCCAUUGUGAACGGUAUUUCAGACACUAACGUUACUCAGUUGUCUUCAAAAUGAGGAAUACCCAGGAACACGGAGCGAACAUGGCAAGUCGACUAGUGCGACCAGCCCUUCAGCAAUCGAGGCUUCAAGUGCGUUCUUACAAUGGCUCCACUUCCUCCAAGCCAGCUAAAGAUGGCUGCCACAUUGUUGACAUGCGUAGUGACACCGUUACAAAACCAACAGCAGCCAUGCGACAAGCCAUGGCCUCUGCCGAAGUUGGUGAUGAUGUCAUGGGCGAAGACCCUACAGUAAAUGAACUUCAAAGACGAUGUUCAGCCUUGUUUGGAACGGAAGAUUCUCUCCUUGUACCAUCGGGUACUAUGGGCAAUCUAAUUUCAGUGAUCAGCCAUUGUCAGGGGAGAUUCCAGGAAGCCAUAUUGGGUGAUGUGUCACACAUGUUUCUGUAUGAAGUGGGCAGUAUAGGACAGUUUGCAGGGGUACAGUGUUCCCUGGCACCCAACCAGCCGGAUGGUACGAUCCUUGUAGAGGAUAUCCGCAAGCGUGUCCGGCCCACGGACGAUGAUCAUCAGCCAUGGACCAAGCUUAUUUGUCUGGAAAAUACCCACAACAAGUGUGGGGGCAAAGUAUUGCCACUGAAUUAUAUGGCAGAGGUGAAGAAGCUAGCGAUGGAGUUUAACGUGAAGGUACACCUUGACGGAGCCAGGCUGUUCAAUGCAGCCUCAGCGCUGGAGGUUCCCGUCUCUAACAUUGUACAACAUGUGGACUCAGUCAGUGUUUGUUUCUCAAAGGGUCUUGCAUGUCCAGUUGGAUCAAUCCUUGCAGGAACCAAAGACUUUAUAUACAUACCGCCAGGGGCAAAGAGGCUAGCUGCAGGUAUCAUGGCGUCCCCAUCAAACAAAGUGGUUGUUGUUGACGUUCCUGGGGUACAGACCAACUUGUUUAUGAUGGAGAUUACCAAGUCAGGACUAACUCCAGACGAACUGUGUCAGAGGAUGAGUGAGGUUACUGAUGCUGAGAGGGACAAACUGGGAUACAGCGUAUCAGCUCUAAUGCUGCCAUUUUCAGAAAUGGGUAUCCGUCUGGUCACCCACAAUGACAUCACUGACGAGGAUGUGGACCGCACCAUCAGCAAGUUUCAAUACGUCCUUGCAGAACUGUCGCAGUGAUAAUGAAACAUGAUAGUUCAGAAACAGCAGUGCCGUAUUUUAUUUGAGGUAUACAGUCAGAGAUUCACCAUGUAAUACCUUCUUCAUUCUUGUACAUUUGUUUUGUUGACAGUAUUCCACCUUAUCACUCAGGG